AUGGCUCAUGAGCAGGAGGCUAGGAUUCAUGAGAGUGAGAUGAUGGUCUCGAGAGAUUCUCAGGGAAAGGGGAAGGCGGUUGCUAGGAGUAGUAGUUUGAUGAGUCAUCAGGAGCGUGCACGAAGCCCAGAAGCAGGGUAUGCUUUACAUGUAGACGUACAGGCAGGGCAUUUCGCCAGAGAGUGUACCCAAUCUCAGGAUGGUGGGCAGGGGACCCAGCUGCGACAGUUGCCUUCUGGGCAGGCUAGGGUGUUUGCUAUCAGUCAACGAGGUACAAGAGUGGAAUGUACCUUAUCUGUUUUUAACUACUUGGCUAGAGUAUUAUUUGAUAUGGGAGCGACUCAUUCUUUCAUAUCUAGUUCUGUGAUAGACGGGUUGGGUUUGACUCCUAUGCAUCUUGCUAGAUCUUUGUGUGUUACAUCGCCUCUCGGUGUUUCUCUUGAGCUUAGUAUGAUUUGUGAUGCAUGUCCUAUUGUGAUUUGUGGUAGAGAGUUCUCUGCAGUCUUGAUUGUGAUUCCAGACCACACGUACGAUGUGAUUUUGGGUGUAGAUUGGCUGAGGCCAAAUCAUGCUAUGAUUGAUUAUUUUGAGUUGGUAGUGUCUUUCCAUAUCCCUGGACAACCGAUGUUUCGUUAUCGGUGUCUGAGGUCGGAUACUGCUAUAAGGGCAGGAGUCUUAGCAGAUAUAGAGUCUGUGAAUAGUGCUAUAAUUAUUGCACAGAUUUUAGUUGUUUAUGAGUAUAUUGAUGUGUUCCAGGAGAUACUGGGGUUACCUCCAAGGAGGAUAGUGGAGUUUGCUAUCGAUGUGAUACCAGCUACUGCCUGUAUCAAAAGCACCUUAUCCGAUGACACCAACUGA